UCAGAGUCAAACUGGUUUCUGAGGAAGUGAAACUCUCACAGUCUUUGUGUCUGAGAGGAGAAAUGGCGCAGAAAGGAGUUGAUCUGGAUCAAGAAACCUUCUGCUGUUCCAUCUGUCUGGAUCUGCUGAAGGAUCCGGUGACUAUUCCCUGUGGACACAGCUACUGCAUGAAGUGUAUUCAAGGAUUCUGGGAUGCAGAGGAGAAAAUUCCCAGCUGUCCUCAGUGCAGGAAGACCUUCAUACCGAGACCUGUUCUGGUGAAAAACUUCAUGUUUGCUGCUUUAGUGGAUCAACUGAAGAAGACUGGACUCCAAGCUGCUCCUGCUGAUCUCUGCUAUGCUGGACCUGAAGAUGUGGUCUGUGAUGUCUGCACUGGAAGAAAACGGAAAGCCGUCAAGUCCUGUUUGAUCUGUCUGGCCUCUUACUGUGAGAAACACCUUCAGUCUCAUUUGGAUGCAGCUGCAUUCAAGAAACACAAGCUGGUGGAACCCUCCAAGAACCUGCAGGAGAACAUCUGCUCCCGUCAUGAUGAGGUGAUGAAGAUGUUCUGUCGCACUGAUCAGAAGUGUAUCUGUUAUCUCUGCUCUGUGGAUGAACAUAGAGGCCACGACACAGUCUCAGCUGCAGCAGAAAGGACUGAGAGGCAGAGAGAGCUGGAGGAGAGUCAACAACAAAUCCAGCAGAGAAUCCAGGACAGAGAGAAGGAGGUGAAGCUGCUUCAACAGGAGGUGGAGGCCAUCAAUCACUCUGCUGAUCAAACAGUGAAGGACAGUGAGAAGAUCUUCACUGAGAUGAUCCGUCUCAUCCAGAAAAGAAGCUGUGAUGUGAAGCAGCAGAUCAGAUCCCAGCAGCAAACUGAAGUGAGUCGAGUCAAAGAUCUUCAGGAGGAGCUGGAGCAGGAGAUCACUGAGCUGAAGAGGAGAGACGCUGAGCUGAAGCAGCUCUCACUCACAGAGGAUCACAAUCAGUUUCUGCUCAACUACCCCUCACUGCCACCACUCAGUGAGUCCACACACUCAUCCAGCAUCAAUGUCCGUCCUCUGAGAUACUUUGAGGAUGUGACAGCAGCUGUGUCAGAGCUCAGAGACAAACUGCAGGACAUGAGAGAGGAAUGGACAAACAUCUCACUGACAGUCACUCAUGUGGAUGUUUUACUGCCAGAACCAGAACCAAAGAGCAGAGCUGACUUCUUCAAAUAUUCAUGUCAAAUCACACUGGAUCCAAACACAGCACACAGACAACUGUUACUGUCAGAGGAGAACAGAAAGGUGACAGUGAUGAAAAAACCUCAGUCUGAUUCUAAUCAUCCAGACAGAUUUACUGAUUAUCUUCAGGUUCUGAGUAGAGAGAGUCUGACUGGACGUUGUUACUGGGAGGUGGAGUGGAGAGGUUUUUCUGUUCGUGUAGCAGUCGCAUACAAGAACAUCAGCAGAUCUGGAGAUGAAAGUGGAUUGGGUUUAAAUGCCAAAUCUUGGUCAUUAGUUUGUUUUCCAGAUAGUUUCUCAUUUCACCACAACAACAUAAAAACCUCCAUCUCAGCUCCUGUUUCCUCCAGAGUAGGAGUGUACCUGGAUCACAGAGCAGGUGUUCUGUCCUUCUACAGCGUCUCUGAAAGCAUGACUCUCCUCCACAGAGUCCAGACCACAUUCACUCAGACGCUACAUGCUGGACUGAGGUGGGAUUAUGUUGGAGCCACAGCAGAGUUCUGUAAACUCAAAUAGUUCCUGAAAGAAGUGAAAUGUUUUGUUUUUAGUGAUUUCUCUGCUUUGGAUCAUUUUGAACUGAACGUUUUAACUGUUAAUAUUCUGUGGAGUAAUGUUUGUAGUCAGAAAUAAAGAGAGAAAUGAAAAAUCUCUAGAAUGUGGAUUUGAGACAUUUUUGAACAUGAAUCUCAAACUUUUUGGAGUAAAAUCUUUUUUCUUGUUGUUUCUUUGAACUUUGGGAUUUGACUGUUUGAAUUCAAAUUUCACACAAAUGUUUUGUUCAUGUUUUUGUGUUGUUGUCAUGUGAACUGAAGGAAGCUGCAACACAAAUGGAAUCAGUGACGUCACAAUCAAAGUCUCAUUCUAAAGAUAACCGUGAAGUCUCUGUCAAGUCUCUGUUUGUUCUACACAGAAACGACAAGAGAAGAAAAUGAUGGAGAAGAUUGUGUUUGUAGAAAGAAGAACAUUUACAACUUUGUUUUCUUUCUUUUUGCUUCAUUUCAACUUUGGAUUGAAAAUUUGUGUUUUCAUUUCUUUGUUCUUCAGAGAAAAGUUGUUUCUGAUCAUUUGACAAUAAAAACAUCCUGAUUCUUUUGUCUUCA